CCUCCAUACAGUCAAACCCUGAAUAUGAGAACCAGAAAAACUGAAGAAAUAUCCCAAGGAGAAAUACACCAAUUCACUUUGCUUUUCUGGUUCCUGAACUCUCCAAACAUGUUAUCAGCGACCCAGUUCAGUGGGUUUUGGUGAUGACUUAGUGAUGAGUGCCUAUCAACGGUCCAUGAGUAAUUUUUGAAUGGAGAACUUUCUUUGAAGGUGUUUACCCAGAGACAAAUGAGAUCCCAAGUCAUCGGAUUGAUUGGCCUUUCCCCUAGGUACUGUCCAAUCCUAAAGUUCACAGGUUUCCUCAUUUUCCUGCUCUGCACAGUGAAGCGUCGGGUCCAUUGGUGGCAGCUGCGGUGACUGCCAGAGCUUCUCUUCCACCGUUCCUGUUUCAAGGCUGCAAAGAUGAGGGUGACCGUCCCCAGGAACCCCGGGACUGUGGCUGGAGUGGUGAUGGCUGUGUUCCUGGUGCUGAGGAUCCCUGGGGCUCACUGCAGAGAUGCUCCGAAGAAUUUCGUGUACCAGUUUAAAGGCAUGUGCUACUUCACCAAUGGGACGGAGCGUGUGAGGCUUGUGGCCAGACAGAUCUAUAACAAGGAAGAAAUCCUGCACUUUGACAGCGAUCUGGGCAAGUUUGUGGCUGUUACAGAGCUGGGCCAGGUGUGUGCUGAGACCUGGAACACCCAAAAGGACCUCCUGGCGGAGUUUCGGGCCUAUGUGGAGACGCUGUGUAGACACAACUACAAGGAGACAGCCAGCUUCACUGUCCAGCGGAGAGUGGAGCCUACAGUGACUGUCUCUCCAGCCAGUACAGAAGACCCGAACCACCAUAAUCUGCUGGUCUGUUCAGUGACAAAUUUCUAUCCUCGCCAAGUUAAAGUCAAAUGGUUCCGGAAUCAACAGGAGGAGACGGCGGGAGUUGGGUUCACACCUCUUACUCAGAAUGGGGACUGGACCUACCAGAUUCACGUGAUGCUAGAGACAAAACCGCAGCUUGGAGACGUCUACGUGUGCCGGGUGGACCACCCCAGCCUCCAGAGCCCCAUCACAGUAGAAUGGCGGGCACAGUCUGAAUCUGCCCAGAGCAAGACGCGGAGCGGAAUUGGAGGUUUUGUGCUGGGGCUGAUCUUCCUUGGUGUGGGCCUUUUUGUCCACUUUUGGGAUAAGAGAGGUGAAUGAGUUUUUGUUUCCCUUCCUUUUCAUUCUUCUGAUGCCAGCCGAUCCUGAGGCUCCAUCCACAGGGUUCCUGCACUGACCCCAGCGUUCUUCUUCCUGGGAUCUGUCAUGACUCUUUCCUGAUCUUGUCCAACUAUUCCUCUCCGUGGUUCCUGCCUCCUUGCUCUCAGGACCUGUGAACAAGCCAGCUCUGCCCGCAUCAUCCAUCAGGACCUGACUCCCGGUGACCCAGAAGCAGCUGUCACAUCCUCUUUUUGUUUUGUUUUUUCCUGAAUUUCUGCCCAUGACUCAGUUGGGCAGUUCCUCGUUGGCUUUCUGAACCGCCUGCUGAGUCUGUUUGAACCAUAAAUGCCCUCAACAGGUAUUUCUGAUCUCGUUCUCUUUUGAAGACUGCCCGUGA